AUGCUAAAGACCACCAUGUUGGGAAGGAGAAAUCUGGAGUCCUUUAGUUUCUCAUUCUGGGUAAAGUGGUUGUGGGGGACCCCCCGAAGUCAUCCGAUGAGGCCGGAGCAAUCCUGCUGUCAGUGUUCCUGUGCACAGAGGAAUAGGAAUAACGCCUUGCACCACCUCUGGAAGGGUCCCCCCUCUGUGCCAGGGGGCACCCGGCAGUCUCCCAUUGACAUCAAAUGGAGGGACAGCGUCUACGACCCUCAACUGCAGCCUCUCAGAGUAUCCUACGAUGCAGCAGCCUGCCUCUAUGUCUGGAACACUGGCUACCUCUUCCAGGUGGAAUUUGAUGACUCCACUGAGGGCUCAGGCAUCAGUGGCGGGCCCUUGGAAAACCUCUACCGUCUAAAACAGUUUCACUUCCACUGGGGAGCAGUGGAUGAGUGGGGCUCGGAGCACACAGUGGACAACCGCGUGUACCCGGCUGAGCUCCACUUAGUUCACUGGAAUUCUGUGAGAUACCAAACCUACAAUGACGCCAUCCUGGGAGAAAACGGUUUGGCUGUGAUAGGCGUGUUUUUGAAGCUGGGCGCGUGGCAUAAGGAGCUACAGAAGUUGGUGGAUGUCUUGCCGGAAAUAAAGCAUAAGGACGCACGGGCGACCUUGACCCCCUUUGAGCCUGCUGGCCUGCUGCCCUCCUGUCGAGAUUACUGGACCUACUCAGGCUCCCUGACUACUCCUCCACUGACCGAGUCCGUCACCUGGGUCAUCCAGAAGCAGCCCAUUGAGGUGGCUCCAGACCAGCUGUCAGCGUUUCGGACACUACUGUUUUCUGCACUUGGUGAAGAAGAGAAGACAAUGGUGAACAACUAUCGCCCACCUCAGCCUCUGAUGAAUCGUAAGAUCCGUGCGUCCUUCCAGACCACUGAAGAGGGCACAAGUUCCUAAAGUCAGCAUCUCCAUGUUAAUGUGUAGAACUCACUUUUAAAAAGUGGAGAUGUUAGUUCUCAAGUUUCAUGAUCUUAUCAUAUGUAACUUCCGAAAUUAAAA